AUGUCUUCUAGACUACCCGUAAUGUACGCUAGCUUGCGCAUAGUUCCGAGGAUACUCGACGGUAGCACUAGAUACACUUACUCCCAGCUAAUUACUGGGGCGUACGCUAGGCGAAAUUUCACCAGCUCCCUAACGCAAAGGCAACUACAACAGCAACAUGACCCCAAAUUUAUCAAGAACAUCAUUAAGCAUUCAAAUACUUCCAACCCGGUAGUAUAUUCAUCUAAGCAUACGUCGGUUCCGACUCCCACGCUCUCCAAGAGCAUCCUUCUUGCACAAACAACCAAUAGGUUUUCCAGAUUCCUCAUCCACUUGAAGUGGCCCCUCACCAGGAAUAAUCGACCCUUUUCGUUGGACGACUUUUCAGCUUUCGCUUCAUGGGUGGUUAUGGGUAACUUAAUAUGGUUCAUCCUCGGUACAACCACGUUUGUUCUUUUCGGAAUGUACUUGCUCCACCUGGUUAACAAUGUGUGGGGCGGGCUCUUCAAAGACGAGGAGUCAAACGAAAAGAAGGUUGAUGACAGCUUUGUAGGCAACUUGGCAAGCGGAAUAUUGUCCCAUGGAUUGGGAAUCAAGGUAGAGUUCCAAAGAGGGAGCGUACUCCCAGAGUUGCACGACGGGAUGCUCAGAUUCAAAAACAUCAACAUAGUGUCGGCCAAGACUACCCAUUCAAGCCCAUCACAGACAGCAAUCACAGACAGCAGUGAUAAAGCACUGAGACCAGAACUGGAGUCGGAACUGAACCAACUUACAUUCAAAGCUAACGUAGAGCAAAUGGAUUUAUCGCUCUCCUUCGGAAAAUGGUACGACGGUAACGGGUUGAUUGAUGAACUCGAAAUUUAUGGAAUGAAUUGCAAAGUUUACAGGAAAAGGGUUGUCAAUAGUGGCCAUGAUUUAGGUGCUGAUAAAGCACUGAUAGACUCUAGACGUAGCAGCUUUGCGACAUGGUAUAGGUACAAUGAAAGUGCAAACUUUCUGCAUGACAUCCACGAUGACGAGGAGACUGUGGUUCCAACUACCUCUUCUCUUCUAAUGGAUCCAAACUACCUGUUAUCGCAUUUCAAGAUCCAUGAUUCAUAUUUUGAGAUCUAUGAUAAGAACUCUCCAACACCAACACCAUUGAAGAUAACCAUCUUCAAUUGCGACUUGCCUGAGUUGAACGGGAAUAAGCUACUUAUUGAUUUCUUCAACGCCAACAAUGUCACAGGUGCCGUGAACGAUUCAAUGUUCACUAUCCAUAAGCAUCAAAAAUACCACGAUGAUAACGAAAAUAAAAUGGUGAGAUUCAAGUUAGAUGGUAUUGAUAUGGGUAAGAUUUCCAAGAGAAACCCAUUACUGAAGUUCAAUUGGAUCGUCAAUGGAAGAGCGGAAAUCGUAGCUGAUAUCUUACUCCCACAAGAGAAUUUGACCCCACAGUUCCCUAAUGUUGGUCAGAUAUUUUCUGAAGCUUUCAAUGAUUUCUUGAGCAUGUCUCAGCCUGACGAAAGUAGCAAUACUAAUAGUAACAAUAGUUCAAUUGACCAAGUGCCUGCGAACGAUAACCGAUUACUCAAGAGUGCUCUCACUGCUAUUUACGAUACAUUUUCACUGGAAAGAGAACAAGAUACUGAAAAGAAUAAUCUUGGGUACGUUGUGGUGAAUUUCAAGAUUAAGCUCUACGAUUUGAAGGCAUCAUUACCUCAACAGCUCCCUAUGGCAUCGACUUCCAGCUUGCCAUUCCUCUCGCUUCACAACUUGAGAAUGCUCAUAACAUUCAUUAAUAACCAUUUCGAUGCAGAAAGGAAACCACCGCUUAUCAUUAAGACACAAGUCAUUGAGAGAUUUUCUGAUUUGUAUAAUACUUCCAACUUGACACAAACCAGACUUUUUGAUUUGAUUGUCAGUGAUAUAUACGAAGAUUUAAGCAAGAUGGUGGAGUUAGACGAAAAGAGGAUUAUCCACGAGAGGCAAAAUAUGUGGUCUCACACCAUAGCAAGCCAAUUAUUAUUACUCGGGUUGGGGGUAAUUGCUUAA